CCAGCUCCAGGGCGGUGGAGCCGGGAAGUGGGGCCCAAGUUGGAGGAGGCGGAGACUGGCGGAGUUUCCAGCCCGGCGAGGCUCCGAGGCGAGGGGCUGCAUGGAGCGGCCGGUGCAACUUUUCGGGCUGUGGGCGCUGCUCCACUGCUUGGGUGGCGACGCCGAGCACCCCAAAAGUCAUCCCCCUGUGACAAAUUUGAGAGUUUCUGUGGAACAUCUUUGCACAGUCACAUGGAAGUGGAAUCCUCCGGAGGGAGUCAGCCCAAACUGUAGUCUGCAAUAUAUUAGUCACGUAAACAACAAAGAUAAGAUAAUUACUUCAGAAACUAGUCGUUCAGAGGAAGUACCACUGAAUGAGAAGAUAUGUCUGCAGGUGGGGUCCCAGUGCGACACCAAUGAAAGUGAAAAUGCUAGCAUUUUAGAAGAAAAGUGUAUAUUGCCCCCUAAAGGUGAUCCUGAGUCAUCCGUGACUAACAUGCAGUGCAUUUGGCAUAAUCUGAACUACGUGAAGUGUACUUGGCUGCCAGGAAGGAACACAAGCCCGGACACUAACUAUACUUUCUACUAUUGGUACAGCAGCCUGGAAGAAAUACUUCAGUGUAAAAAUCUUUUUAGAGAAGAUAACUACAUUGGCUGCUCCUUUAAUCUGACGAAGCAGAAAGAUGACAAUAUUUAUAAAUACAAUGUCCAAAUAAUGGUCAAUGAUUCUGAGGAAAAAAGUCUACCCUUCUUUCAUAUUGUGCAUUUAGCAUCUCAUGUGAAACCCGAUCCUCCACGUAUUAAAAAGCUUUCUUUCAACAAUAGUACCUUGGAUGUUCAAUGGGAGACUCCACCAAAAUUUGUAAAGAAAUGCUUAGAGUAUGAAGUAGAAGUCAGCAACAGCCACACCAAGGAAACCCAGCGUUUCCCGGUUAAGGAUGCCAAAUGUCAGAAUUCAGAAUUUGAGGAAGAAAACUUGGAGGAUAUAAAUUGUCUUAACGUCCCCGCUGUUCUUCCUGAGUCUUUGAACACCGUGAGAAUAAGAGCUAAAGCAAAUACAUAUUGCUAUGGAGAUGACAAAAUCUGGAGUAAUUGGAGUCAAGCCAUGAGUAUAGGCAAGAAGGCCAAGACCUCUCUGUACAUAAUCAUGUUACUCAUCAUUCCCGUCAUCGUUGCAGCUGCAAUCAUAGUCCUUCUGCUUUACCUAAAAAGGCUCAAGAUUAUUAUAUUCCCUCCAAUUCCUGACCCUGGGAAGAUUUUUAAAGAAAUGUUUGGAGACCAGAAUGAUGAUACCUUGCACUGGAAGAAAUAUGACAUCUAUGAGAAACAGAUGAAAGAAGAAACUGAUGAAGUAGUGCUGAUAGAAAACCUGAAGAGAGCUUCUCAGUGAUGGGCCUAAUUUAUUUGAACCUUCAAAUGUGACCUUGUGAAGAUUUAUCCCAUUCUUCAUCUGUUAUUUGGGAACUUGGAAAUGGAAACUACUGGACCUUUUAAAAACAGGCAGCUCUUUAGAGUCAGGUCUUUAUGUUGAGUGGGCAAAAGGAAAUAUAAUGGGCUUUUUGGAAGAGAGGACGAAGCCAUUCUUGCUGAAUUAGAAAAGCAGGCAUUCUUUGUAAUAGCAUAUAACUAGGGAGUACAGCAAAAAGUGAGGUUGCAGUAAAAUUAAUCUCAUCAAGAAUUGUGACAACAUCCUGAGGGCUUUGUGCUUGUUUUGUAGUCUUUGUGUCAAACAAUACUAACAAAAAAUGUAUUUGUGGAGGAACUCAUUUUGAGUGCAAAGGUUAAUGCCAGACUUGAAUUCCAGAAAAUUUCUAACCAACAAAAGAGGGACUAACUAAAUGAUCUGUUGUGUGUCAUCCUGUUGAGUAUUUUAGGCUAUUAGACAAAACUGAAUAGUUCGGAAUCAUCAUGUCCAUCAGCAGCAAUUUUACUGCUUUGAAAGGCUUUAGUACUGGCCCCC